AUGGAUCUCACGACAUUCUCGCAGCGAGGUCACCCUCUCUCCCAUUCUUCAAUCGGUCUCGGGAAUCACAUGGGAUAUUCUAAUUUUAUUCCCUUCAUGGGUAUGGCAGACAACUCAUGGAUGGAACGAAUGCAACAAGCAGCUCUUCAGGCAGCUGCUGCGUCUCCCCCUCCUGCUCAUUCCAAUGUUCGACCAAGUGUUCCGUUGUUAAAACCCAUGAGAAGUUCCCCACCGCAACCACCCGGUGAAAUUGACGACCGGCCAUCCGAGUCGGCGCGUGACUCGCCAGAAGAAAAUGAUAAAGGUGGAGGUUCGCCGUUGACGAGGCAAGCCAUGCGAGAUUACCUUCGAGACCGCCAGGACAUGGUCGUGAUUGUGACGCACGCGAAAGUCGUACAAAAAUCCUACGGGAAUGAGAAGAGAUUCUUCUGUCCUCCACCGUGUGUUAGUCUACUUGGUGAUGGAUGGCGGAAAAAGCGCUUUGCUGAUAAUAAGAAAGAGCCUGAAAAUUUAUGUGCAUUUAUCGGGAUCGGAAACAAUUGCGACGAUAUGCAACCUCUGGAUUUUGCCGAAAACAAGAGCGUGUCGACUGCGAAGACCUUGUUCAUAUCGGACACCGACAAGCGGAAGCAUUUUAUGCUAAGUGUCAAGCUGUUUUAUGGCUUGGAGAAGGACCUGGGAGUUUUUCACGGAAAAAGGAUCAAAGUGAUCUCUAAACCAUCGAAGAAAAAGCAAAGCCUGCGAAACGCGGAGCUGUGCGUCGCCUCCGGCACUCACGUUGCUUUAUUUAAUCGUUUAAGAUCCCAAACAGUAUCUACGCGAUAUCUCAGUGUUCAGAACGAGAAUUUCUGUGCAAGCUCAUCGUUGUGGGGCGCCUUCACGAUUUACCUGCUGGAAGACAAUGAAGGCGAAUCCUUGGAAUUCACCGUUCGGGACGGCUUUAUCCAUUACGGAAAUACCGUAAAGUUGGUCUGCACGAACACAGGAAUGGCAUUGCCUCGAUUGGUGAUCAGAAAAGUCGAUAAGCAGCACGUUCUUCUGAAUGCGGAUGAUCCGGUCUCUCAGCUGCACAAAUGUGCGUUUUACCUCAAAGACACUGAUCGCAUGUAUCUGAGUGUUGCGCAAGACACCAUAGUACAGUUUCAGAGUCAACUUGAAGAAAAUGGUCGAGAAAAAAUUAGUGACGGCGCCACCUGGACGAUUAUCAGCACGGAUCGAGCGGAAUACAGGUUUGUGGCGCGAUUUUUCUGCGUCUUUGAAUUUACUGAUUUGCCAGGAUGCUUAUGUACUUAUUUGAGUAUCUUGGUGAUGAAUUCUGCUGUUGAUAUUGUGCACAGGUUCUGCGAAGGAAUGGGGCCCGUUAAGCGACGAGUAACGCCGGUUCCAGUGGUACACAGCAUGAAUAUGAACGGAGGCGGAGAUGUUUCCAUGUUGGAGCUAACGGGAGAAAAUUUUUCCCCGAGCUUGACAGUAUGGUUUGGUGACGUUUCUGCCGAGACACUUUACAGGUGUGAAGAAAAUAUGCUGUGCGUGAUACCGGAUAUUUCGUCGUUCAAGCAUGGCUGGCGUUGGGUCCGGCAAACUAAACAAGUGCCAGUGUCUCUCGUCCGCGACGACGGCAUAAUCUAUUCCACGAAAUUGACAUUCAGCUACACUCCCGAACCAGGACCCCGACCACGGUGUGAAAUCGUGGAACGAAUCCUGAAAAGGAAAAAUGAAGAUGUGGAUGAAGAAGACGUGGGUGCUCCGAAAGCGUCUAGUUCUUCAUCUUCCUCCGUGUCCUCUGCUUCGUCAGAUUGCUCAUCGCCGAACCCUCUUCUUCACAAAGCCCUCCCUGUACGGCUUCCCUGA